AUGGCGGCGGUAAUGCCCAGCACGGGAUACACGCCGCAUCCUACCAAGAUGAUGAAGGCGGCGCAGUGGAUGGGCACCCGAGAUGUCGAAUUGGGAGUCGUACCCAAGCCCAAGGUCACCGAGCCUGGCGACGCUAUCGUCCAAAUCACCCACUGCACGAUCUCCGGCUCAGAUAUUCAUCUAUACGAGGGUGAGCUGAAAGACGCAAUGGAAAAAGGCGACAUCCUCGGCCAAGAAGCCAUCGGCUUUGUAGAAGAAGUCGGGCCGGAUGUCAAAACCCUCAAACCCGGUGACCGGGUCAUCAUCCUACCUGUCAUCUCAUGCGGUACCUGCGGAUAUUGCCAACGACAGGAGUAUUCACUCUGCGACAACACAAAUCCAUCCAAGGAAAUCGAAGCCGCGUACGGCCACCGACUCGGUGGGAAGCUGGGGUAUAGCCGGCUGUGUGGCGGAUAUCCAGGCGAUCAGGCGGAGUUCUGUCGCGUGCCGCAUGCGGACUUAUCGUGUGUCAGGGCGCCGGACCAUAUCGAUGCGCGGAAAUUACUGGGUUUGACGAAUGUUGUGACUACGGCUUGGCAUGCGGUGGAGUUGGCUGAGGUGCAGGACGGGGAUGUAGUGGGUGUGUGGGGUUGUGGGCCUAUCGGUCUCGCUGUGCAACGACUGGCGAAGCUCCGUGGGGCUAGGAAGGUGUAUGCCAUGGACAAGGAUGCGCAACGACUGCGGAUUGCGGAGGAUUUUGGCAUGACUCCUGUUGAUGUGGAUGCUCAUGCGAAUGUGGCUGAGUAUAUUCUGUCGAUUCAGGACCAUGGCCUUGAUCGAUCUAUCGAGGCUAGUGGAAACCGUACUUCACAGAGCGCCGAGUUUCCGGCCAUGCAGGCGAUCGGCCUCGAGAAGGAUAGUAGUGAUACACUAGCGGCUAUUAUCAAGGCGACCCGUAAGGGUGGUAAUGUGGCGUUGGUUGGGGAUUUCUUUUUCACGACUUAUAAUUUCCCGAUUGGGCCUUUGAUGCAGAAAGCGUUGACCGUGCGUGGUGGCCAAACAUGGCCGCAAAAGUAUUAUCCGUUUUUGAUGGACCUGGUAGUACAAGGCACACUAGACCCAUCGUGGAUGUUCACAUAUAUCGACGAAUUCGAGAAUAUCGCCGACAUGUACCAGAAAUUCUCUCAACACGAGGUCCCCGGCAGACUGAAAGUGUGUUUAGUCACAGCCUUUGGACGCAGCCAACAGAUGCAAUCCGCCAGUGACCUGCCAGUUGAUAUCCACUAUGAGAGAAUCCCACAGUUUCUAUAUAAAGCAUUGACCCCCCCGGUGAAUUGGCUCUACAAAUUCAUCAUGUUGCCACCACCCAUUGCACUCGAUUGGAAUAAUAUAGGAUUUAAAGUCCGGGAUGGCAACGGUCAUGUUGAAAUUCACUUCUCUCACAGCGGGGAUAACAAAUGGUCGGCACCGCAAUUCGUCGCCUCACCCUUCAUACCAGUGCACGGAAUGGCCCCAGGCCUAAACUAUGGCCAACAAGUCUAUGAAGGCCUCAAAGCCUUCCGCCACCCAUCGGACGAGAAAAUAACCAUAUUUCGUCCCGACCGUAACGCCAAGCGUAUGCAGUACUCUGCUGAAGUAGUCUCCAUUCCACCCGUUCCAGAGGAUCUGUUCAUCGAGUGCGUGCGGUUAGCAGUUGGUGCAAACGCCGAGUACGUACCACCCCACAGCUCCGGCGCCGCAAUGUAUGUUCGACCCGUACUCUUCGGUUCCUCUGCACAGCUGGGGCUGAGUCCUCCGGAUGGGUAUACGCUGGCUGUAUUUGCUAUGCCGACUGGGGUAUAUCACGGGGCUACCGCGGUUGAAGCGCUGAUCUUGGAGGAUUUCGAUCGCUGUGCACCGCAUGGAACCGGCGCUGCUAAGGUUGGUGGAAACUAUGCGCCUGUGCUACGGCACAGUGACCGCGCGCGACGGGAAGGGUUUGGGAUUACCCUUCAUUUGGAUAGUGCGAGUCGCAGUGAAGUCGACGAGUUCUCUACUUCUGCUUUCAUUGGAGUAAAGCGUGACGGGGAUCAGGUCACUGUUGUCCAGCCGGGUAGUCAGAAUGCAAUUGACUCGGUAACGGCGGCGUCGAUACUGGAAAUUUCCCGCAUGCUGGGGUAUCAGGUGGAAAAGAGGCGGGUUGGUUAUGAAGAGCUGCGCGAUUUUGAUGAGGUUAUUGCUGCUGGUACGGCAGCGGCUUUGGUACCUGUGAGUAGUAUCACGAUGCGGUCCCGUGGUGAUAAGUUUGAGUAUCGUUGCGGGACUCAGAAGGAGGGUGGUGAGGUUUGUGUUAAAUUGCUGCAGACUCUUCGUGGUAUACAAUCAGGAACUAUCGAGGAUACCUUGGGUUGGAACUAUGAGGUGCAGGCACCGCCGAAGGGAUGGGCCCAGCAAGGGCAGGAGAUCGAGCUGAGUGGAGUCGAUGUCCCAUAA